CGGGCCUGGCGCCAGCGGUGGCGCCGGCGCGGCCGGGAACUGCGGCAAAACACGCCGGCAGGUAGGCCAGCGUCGCUAGCGACGACGUCGUUCCCGAGCAACGCCGUGCGGAGCGAAGGUCCGCCAUCGACCGCGACGCGCGGGCGCCGGAUGGUCGCCAGUCGCCGCCUCACCUGUCGGUCGCGUCGUGUCGGAGCCGGCGCCGGGCCGGCGCCAGGUACCCUCUGCGUGCGGCCGAGCCGCGGACGGUGGAGCGCCCGUGCACCAGCCGGCGACUGGACGGCGCCACAGGCCGCCAAGGUGACCCCGAGGGACGGGGUGACGCCACGGCGGCACUGACAGAGAGCUGGGGCGACCAGCAGACAGGUCAGCCAGCUGCUGAUAGCAUCGACCAUCGACGUGCUCUCGGUCAGAGCAUUCUCCUGGAAGGUAUCAAUAUCUGAAGCUUGAAGGUCACUUCCGAAGGGCAGACGCAAACAAUUCCAGGGAGGUGUGCGUUUCGGGCCAAUUCAGUCUAAGGAUCUCAAAAGAGCCAACCAACGUCUGACAAAAUGGUGCUGAAGAGAAAUCCAAACUCUGCAAAACUUGAGCCUCUGGAUAAGGAGAAACUAAGAGAGGAGGAAAAUGCGAAGAGGGCAAUCUCUCAGUCUACGCUUUAUUCCGGGACGGGCCAAACUGAGUACCUUCCAAAGCUUGACGACGAUGAAGAGCACCCAAUGCCAUACUUCAUUACGGCGACUGCUACCCUGCCUCGGCCCGCCGAAAAACCCUGGGAAAGCUUGGAGGAGAUCCGCGCCCGGAAGCGGAUGGACCACUGGCUGCAGAACAAACCGUUCCAGCUGGAAGUGCUCGACGAGUUUCUGGCCGAUGUCAUCGUCGACGAGCUGGCCACAGUCGCCUCCGUCGCUAUGCAGGAGGGCAAGUACAAGCUGAAGCAGGACCAGGUGAAGGCGGCCUACAUCGAGGAGGAGAUUGUGCCCACUGUGGUGGCGGACAGCUGUCUGCUGGCUGUCUGGGAGCUGCUCGUGCACACUGGCCGCACGCUCAACAAGCCCACCUUCGAGGAGCUGGAGGCCCGGCUGGGCGACACCCCGCUGGACCCGGUGGCUGAGGCGGCGCUCAAGCAGCACGUGCGCGAGGAGGAUGAUUGGAAGACCAGCAUGGACGAGGAGAAGGCGCUCGGCGGCCUCACAUGGGAGACGCUCGUCUUCCACCUGCACAAGAUCGCGUCCUCGCUCACACUCAGCGAGAACUUCGCGCUCAGUCAGCUCCAGGACCUGCUGCUAGUGCAGAGCGCCGGCAGCGCCAUCUGCGAGGCCUCCUCCGAGGCCGGCCAGAGGGAGCUGCAGGAUGCCGACGAACAGGAAAAGGUCAGCCGACCUCCGCGAAUCGGCUGAAAAAAAUACCAACAAUGGAUCGAGCCCGGACCUGACCUUAACUGACCUGACACGUCAAAAUCAGGUCGGUCAGAUCAGGUCAGCUUCUAUUCGAGACAGUCGCUGAGGCAUCAACAAUGUGAUAAGGGAGCUGUUCGUGUUGAGUAAUGGGCCCAUAUGUAUAAUGCAAUGGACCUAAUCGGUGUUUGAAGCCCGUUUGAAUAGCGUUGCGCAGGCUUGCAAGCUGCACACCAAAUCUUGCUAAUCUAAUCCUGAUUGAGCGGGCGAUACUGUUCGCUACACUUUCGGUGUUUUCGCUCACCAAGUACCAUCAAUGUGCAUCGUUGUUUGCAGUAAGAAAAUAAAAAUGAAAUGCCUCUAUAAGUAUGUAUGGAUUAUGGAAUGACAUUUCGUACGAUAAGAACUACAACAUGUGGUUGUUUCCUUUGUUACACACUAACCGUAAAAUGUCGAAUAAAAUUCCAAAAGAUGAAAA